GAAGGAAGGCUGCCAGGAGGGAAGAAGCAGGCCGGGCCUUCGCUGCUGCUGCUACUGCGUCGCCGCCGCCGCCGCUGCCUCCUUUCGCCGAAGGAGGGAGGCGAAGAGAGCGCGAGAGGGGCAACGCGAGGCCGCGGCUGAGGCGGAGGCCUAGGCCUCUCUCCCUUCAUGAUGGCGUCCUCCUGAGGAGGAGGAGGCCCUUCCUUCCGCGCCGCCCGGGGGAGCGGGUCAUGGGCUUCGGCGCCGGGAGGCAAGAAGAAGCCGGAAGGAGACGAAGAAGGAGAAGGAGAGGCAGGCAAGGCAAGGAGAGGCAGGCCCAGACCCCAUUGCAGCUGAGAAGGAGACCCCUAGUAGCAGCAGCAGCACCUGCUUCCUUGCAGCAGGAGGCCGCAAGGAGGAGGUCGUGAGGGACGGCAGCCAUGGCUCACUCUCCGGUGGCUGUGCAGGUACCAGGAAUGCAGAACCAUAGAGCAGACCCCGAGGAGCUUUUUACAAAGCUCGAACGCAUCGGGAAAGGAUCCUUCGGGGAAGUCUUUAAAGGCAUUGAUAAUCGGACGCAGCAAGUGGUGGCCAUCAAAAUCAUAGACCUGGAAGAGGCCGAAGAUGAAAUCGAAGACAUCCAGCAGGAGAUCACUGUUCUGAGCCAAUGCGACAGUCCAUACGUCACAAAAUAUUACGGCUCCUAUUUAAAGGGCACAAAGUUAUGGAUAAUAAUGGAAUACUUGGGCGGGGGAUCGGCAUUGGAUUUGCUCCGGGCUGGCCCAUUCGACGAGUUCCAGAUCGCGACGAUGCUCAAGGAAAUCCUGAAAGGCCUCGACUAUCUACACUCAGAGAAGAAGAUCCACAGAGAUAUAAAAGCCGCCAAUGUCUUGCUGUCGGAGCAAGGAGACGUCAAACUCGCAGAUUUUGGUGUCGCGGGACAACUGACUGAUACCCAAAUCAAGAGAAACACCUUUGUCGGCACGCCGUUCUGGAUGGCCCCCGAAGUCAUUCAGCAGUCAGCUUACGACUCAAAGGCUGAUAUCUGGUCUCUGGGAAUUACUGCCAUCGAACUGGCGAAAGGAGAGCCGCCCAACUCCGACAUGCACCCGAUGCGAGUGCUCUUUCUUAUCCCCAAGAACAACCCUCCCACUUUAAUAGGGGACUUCAGCAAACCCUUCAAAGAGUUUAUAGAUGCCUGCCUCAACAAGGACCCAACAUUUCGCCCCACAGCGAAGGAACUCCUAAAGCACAAAUUCAUCCUAAAGAAUGCCAAGAAGACAUCUUACCUGACGGAGCUGAUCGACAGGUUUAAGAGGUGGAAAGCCGAAGGGCACAGCAGCGACGAAACUGACUCUGACGGUUCUGAUUCGGAGUCUAGCAACAAGGAGAACAAUUCCCACCCGGAGUGGAGUUUUACUACAGUUCGGAAGAAGCCAGAUGCCAAGAAACUGCAGAACGGAACAGACCAAGAUCUCAUGAAAACCCUGAGCUGUUUAUCCAUGAUCAUCACCCCUGUCUUUGCCGAGCUCAAGCAGCAAGACACCAAUAAUGCCAGCAGGAAGAAGGCCAUCGAAGAACUUGAAAAAAGCAUCAGUUUGGCUGAAACGACGUGUCCGGGGAUCACAGACAAGAUGGUGAAGAAGCUGAUGGAGAAGUUUCAGAAGUUUUCCGUGAACGAAUCCUCCUAAGCAAUGGAUGCAGGCGAAAUCCGGCAUCCAGUCCACCAGAACCUACUCUAGAAAAAGCUUGGCAAAUGCUUUGGUCGUCAGCUCCUUGUGCCUUUCGGGAUCAUUGCGACGUUAUCUGAGGAUCGGGGGAUUUCAAAGGACCGGACUCUACUGAUUUCGUGAUGGCUUCUUCUUCUUCUUUUUGUAUCUCCGAGACACAUCCCUUUUUAUUUUAAUUUGUAAAGAGCAACUUUUAAUAGGGUAGUUGCCACCGAUUUAAUCCAGUUGAGAACAAACACCAUGCGUUUGGCUUCUAGGUGUAAUGUAGAGGUGACCUGUUACCAAUUUGAGUGUUUGGAGGCAGAGGACGCCUGUUCGGUCACUUGGUGAAAAGGACAUUUUUCUGACUGUCUUCUUGCUCCUUUGGUUCGAAAGCGACCCAUGUAUACAUUCAUAGAUCGCCGAAACGAGGCGUCUUUCCACCGAAAUACAUAACCUUUGGCCAACUUUCUAGCCGGCGAAACGCCUUAAAACCCUGCGGCUUUUUUGGGAAAACGGGCUCUGGUGUUUCCGAGGCCGCUCCACAAUUGCCUCCCGUUUUUGAGAGCAAUAUGCCGAUAGCUUUGCGAGUUUCACAUUGUAGCUUAGUGUACAGUUUGUAGAUGUCUUUCCCCCCUUUAUAGUUAAAUCAUUCAUCAUGGUAAGGAGAAUUUUGUUAAAAAGCAAUAUCGUUGCGGAAGGCCUUUUUGGGAGGGGGGGGGCAAUAACGGACCCGCACUCCGGCUUCAUUGAACCCCCGUUUUUCAUUUUGGGAGGAAAUGCCUAGCAAACAUGUAUCAAAACGCGUGCGACCAACACCAGCGAUGUUUGGAUUUUCUCUUCCUGUAAGAUAUUUAUACGCUUUGUUCCUAGAAAAUUACAUAGAAUUGCGUCGCCGUACGCUUAAUUUCCCCUAUUAUAUAUAUAUAUAUAUAUAUAUAUAUAUAUAUAUAUAUAUAUACACCCGUUAAUAUGCAAAAUAACUUGAGUUAUAGAUAUUCUUUCACAGAACAACAACAACAAAAGGUAGUACUGUGCAGUAGGGGUGAUUCUCAAAUUAGAAACUCGCUUUCAGUUACAUAUUUAUGGUACUGUUUAGAUGGGGUUAAUCUCUCUCUUUUCUUUCCCCUUUUUUUCGACCCAAUCUGUAUAUUAUGCUGAAGUUUGAAGUGUGGGGUUGUAUUUCAGUCCUUAGCUGUGGAACCUGUUGGUGUAAAUUUAUUUUUGAUAAAGAAGUCUGGAUGUGUUUUAAUUUUAUAGUUCAGCUCUGCACAUGUUUUUCUUUUUUUGCACAAAAGUCAAUGGUUUUUUAAAAAAAGGAUUCGAAGUCUAUCUGCCAAAUAUUGAAAGAGUUGCAAGCAAAUAUUGAAUUUUUUUUAGUUGAAAAAAGUUGCCAUUAUUACAUCCUUUUUUUUAAAAAAGAAAUAGAUAUAUAAAGAUGCUGGUGAGAGAUACUGGGGGGGAUUGGAAUUGCAAAGGGCAAUUAUUUUCAAUGGUGCCUACACUGUAAAAAAAAAACAGAAAAAGACAUUACUUUUAACUCCUUUGUUUUAAUUUUGAAAGAAAUGUUUGUUAGAGAAGAAGAAAAAAACUUUCGUCGCUCUAUAAGUGAGACACAAUUAGAAAAUUUAUAUCCGUGGAGUCAAAAAAAAGUCAGGACAUAGUUUUUGAAAACAAUAAUGUUGUGGAUUAAAUACAAAAAAAGAUAUUUUUAUAAAUGUACAAGCCGCAAAAGUUGUAAAUACAGUUGAUCUGAAGCUUUACGAAACAACUGCAUUGCCGAGACAGAAGCGUAGUGCUCUUCCCUGUAGCUUUUAGUCCUGUGAAUCUGUUUAUAAAUGAAGCUUCUUUCAUCACUGUUGUUUCUUUGAGGGAGGGGCCAGCGAGGGGCAGCGGAGGAAGGUGGAAAAGUUUAAGAAACGAAAUAAAAUAUUUAAGUUCUGUA